AAAACCCUUAUCGGAGAUCUAUGCAAAAAAAACAACAAAUGUGAUUUUGAAACCCAUAUGGAAGAUCUAUGCAAAAAAACCAACAAAGCAGAUUUCAAAACCCUAAUGGAAGGUCUAUGCAAUACUUUGAAAAGUGAAAGAAAGAAAAACAUUGCUGAUAACUUUCCGGAUCUGAAAGACCUUCUUGAGAAAUACGAAGGGGAUAACACUAAGGCCAUCUUUCACCCUCAUGUGGUGUUUCUCCUGCAGAAGCCAAAUGGCCCCUUUGAAGGCCUGAAAAUUCAAGCCAGCGAGAAUGAGGCAUCGUCAGACGGGAAUAUCACCAACGCCCAAGUGAAUGUUCAACUGCCCAGAGAGUUGGAUGUUGGACCAAACAACACAAUUGCAUUUUGCCUGGUUACCUGGUCGGAAACAAAUAUGACAACAUCAGGAGCCUCAGAUGAACUGUAUAAGAACACAAUGGUUGGCCUGAGUGUGCGUCAUAAGAAGAUUUCAGGACUAAAGGAACCAGUCAACAUCACCAUGAUUCUUAACAUCGGCAUAAAUGAGACCCGAGUCCCCAGGUGUGUGUUUUACGAUGUCACAACACGUGGAUAUAGCAGUAGUGGCUGUGUAACCCUUUGGGAGCGUGGUCAGGAACACAUCACCUGCUCCUGUGAUCACCUCACAUACUUCGGCGUGCUCAUGGUGUCUGCUCCCCUUACAGACUUGGACCAGGAGAUCUUGACAUAUAUUAGUCAGAUUGGCUGUAGUCUUUCUGUCAUUGCCCUGGUCUUCACUGUUUUAAUCUUCAUCACAAACAGAAAGCUCAGAGAAGAUGUCUCCAUGAAGAUCCAUGUCAACCUGGCCGUUGCGCUGAUUUUGCUCAACCUACAUUUCCUCCCCAGUCACAUAGUGGCAGCGCAGUCCUCCACCGGGCUUUGCCUGUACAUGGCUCUAUUUCUUCAUUACUCCCUGCUGGCCACAUUCAGCUGGAUGGCCUUGGAGGGUUUCCACAUCUACCUUCUCAUAGUCAAAGUCUUCAAUAUCUAUAUCAAGAAAUACAUGCUCAAACUCGCUCUCGUAGGUUGGGGUAUUCCUGCAAUCAUUGUGUCCCUGGUGGUCAUCAUAGACAGAGACGCCUAUGGUCGCGUUGCUUUGCACUCAUCUGAACCCAACAGCACUGCAAUAUGCUAUAUUGCCAACGACAUAGUAAAAGUGGUGACUACAAUGGGAGUAUUUGGCUUGGUGUUCAUCUUUAACAUGAUCAUGUUUGGGUUGACAGUCAGACGUGUUGUGAGUCUCCACCAUAGUAAAGAGUUUGGGACGAUUGACUUUGACAGAGCCAAGCGAGACACCUGUACCCUGCUGGGUGUCACCACUCUGCUCGGCCUCACCUGGGGCCUGGUCUUAUUUUCAUUUGGCUCCCUGACAGUUCCUGGCCUCUACCUCUUCUGCAUCCUGAACUCACUGCAAGGUGUCUUCAUCUUCCUGUGGUCUGUGAUGUCUUUGAGAAAGAACAGAAAGUCAGCGACUGUGAGCGUAACACAAAGCACCAAUAGCUAAGGCCGAAGGAUAUAUCAAGAUGUGUGUUUGUGUGUUUGUGUGUGUGUAAUACUGAAAUAAUGAAGCAAAUGUACAUACUGAAAUGUUAGUCAUGUUAGUGACUCUGAUGUUCAAUUAUGAAAUUCAAUAUCUCAGUUUCCAUACUGUUUUUAAAGAUUUGUCAUUAACCUACUCUGUUGUGCUUAUACUCUAUGGUGAGGUUUUUACUUAUCCAUCCAUUGAGCAAAACAGUUUGAAGUAAAGAAGUUGAUAAGAUGUACAACUAAAAAGAGGGGAUUUUCUUUCUCUACAGUUGCCAAUGCUUACUCGUUUUGGGAACGGUUGGGUUUCUAUAAAUAUAUUUCUAGCAAUGACAGUGCGUGUAGAGUACCUUCAUAGAGUUUGAAUGUCAUUUUCAAACAUUACAGAUUCAUUAAAAGCUGUCAACAUAUCCAAGACAUAACAAGAGCUUCAUCCUGUAUUUCUACAUAUCAUAUAUCUGUUGAAAUAGAGAUAUGUAACAAACUCACCUAAAGUUAUAUUAUUACCCUCAUAACAUGAGGCAUUAUUGGGAUUUUAGUGUGAAAUAACCUGUCAAAUACAUCAUUGUAAUUAGUUUAACAGAUAAUGAUUUCAAUUGUAAAACCGUGAUACUUUUAUUCUUUGCAUUAAUCCCACAUUUAGAGGGAGCACACUAGUUCCCUUACUGCUGAUGUUGCUGCUGCAAAACUCACUGGCUGAUCAAAGUAAGAAUCUUUGCUUGUCUAAUAGCAAGUAAUGCAUCUAUUAACAAUUUGUAACAAUUCACCUUGCUUAGGAUGCCAAAGGGAAAAUUACAACACUAUUGUAAAGGAGCACGGGUUGUUCUGUCAAUUUGUACGGGCAACACCACUUGACCAUCUUACAAUAAACAAAUAAUACCUUAUAAGACCAAUUACCUUUACAUCUGGCCCCACCACAUAUGAAAUAAUAUAUAUAAUAACGAAAUAAACCAUAAAUUCUGCAUAAAAUUACCUUUAAAGAAAAUAAACCUAAUCAUACACAUGCAGCACCUGGACGUGUGCCCGCAUAAAGGACGAGAAAGUGAACACAACCCACAAUUUAAAAGAAAUCCCAUAUAUCAAUAUUUAAACCCAAACCCCAGGUUCUUACAGUCCCACAGUUCAUCCAACGAAAUAGCUUAUCACAUAUAAUCCUGAACCCCAUGAAACGUCACAAAGCUUCACACAGAGUUCACACAGGUAUUGCGUGGUGAGAUGCCGCACACAAUACAAAAAUAAGUCAAGCUAUCCUCACCUCCUCUGACCGCCCAGAAAAACAGUCCAGUCCUCCCUGUAAUACCUCAAAGUUUUGCCCAGGCAAUAAUACAGUUUCUUAGAAAUAAUCCCUUGUAGGUCCUCAAGUCUGCAGUUGACUCGAACGUAGCUGGUUGCUCACCAGCCCUCACAAAACAAAAACAAAUAACGCAGAGACGUCACUUCCCCCCAUUUAUAAUAUUUGGAUGUUAAUGAAACAAAAAUAUACACAAUGACACGUUCAUUAAACAAAUACAUACAAGAUCCAUCCCCUAUCCUUAUACUUUAAGGCUUCUGACAGUUUGGGUAUGCACAGACUAUAAUACAUGUAGUUAAGAAGCGCAGAUUUAUCUAUUGUUGGGACAGCCACCAUUUUGGGAAGCACUCUGACUUACAUAGACACAAACAUUCACAUAAAUGUUUUUCUUUCACAAAUGUUCUUUCAUUAAGGUUGCAGAAAGAAAUUUUGCCAACCUCUACACUGUCAAGAACUCCGUAAAGGUAUAUUAUUUAUUGAUUUAUAUUUUGGGGGAAAUAAAAAUUGUACUUGCUACAAA